AUGCCGCUCUGUCUUACCUUCAUCGACUUGAAGAAGGCUUUCGACUCAGUUGAGACGGAAGCGGUUGUGGAAGCUUUGGACAACCAAGGCGUCCCUACUCAGCACAUAAAGGGUGAUACAAUCUCACCCAAAAUAUUCACAGCCACCCUCGAGAAAGCAAUGCGAAAGUCGGAAUGGGACGCCAUCGGAGUGAAGAUUGAUGGUCGGCAGCUACACCAUUUGUGCUUUGCUGAUAACAUCGUGCUGAUAACACCUAGCAUCAGCCAAGCGGAACGAAUGCUGACCGAAUUCGACGGAACAUGUGGAUGCAUCGGUCUUCAACUGAAUCUUCAAAAGAAGAUGUUCAUGCGCAACGGAUGGGUCUCGGAUGCCCCAUUCAAGCUCAACGGAAUGAACAUAUCCGAAUGCACUAGCUACGUUUAUCUGGGUAGGGGAUUGAACAUGAUGGAAGACCUGACCCCCGAGCUGUGCAGGAGGAGACGAGCGGCUUGGCGAGCGUACAAGAGCAUCGAGGAUGUAGUGAAGAAGACCUGGAACACUGGGCUCCGUGCUCACCUCUUCAACACCACCGUACUUCCUGCUUUGACCUAUGCUUCGGAAACCUGGGAAUUUCGCAAGCAGGAAGAAAACGCGGUGAGCGUCACUGAACGCGCAAUUGAGAGAGUGAUGUUAGGAGUAUCCUGUUUCACGCAAGUGAGAGACGGGAUUCGAAGUUCUCUCCUACGUCAGCGAUCGAAGAUUAGAGACGCCGCGUUUGCCAAGGAAAGUAAAAUAAGGUGGGCCGGACACGUGAUGCGCUUUAACGACAACCGUUGGACCAGAGCCGUGAGCGACUGGGUUCCCCGCGAUAUUAAGCGCACUACAGGAAGACCGCCGACCCGAUGGUCAGAUUUCUUCACGAAGUCCUUUAAAGAAAAGUAUGAUGCUCUUCGUGUCCCACGCGAAAGGAGGAACCACUGGGCUACCCUGGCACGCGACAGGGACAAAUGGAAGAAUUACUGGCGCCCGCUCGACCAGUUCGAAGAUCAACGGGAGUCAAGAGAGACGAUAAAAGAAGAUCUCAAAGAGACAGGAGCAGAAGUGUUGGCUGAAGCUGCAAAGGCGGGAAAGAGUAUUCGCUACGUCCGUCGAGAAUUCGCCAAUCGAAAGACGAGGAUGACUGCUCUACGGAACCCUAAGGGAACAACAAUUGCAUCGAGAAGGGGGAUGGAGAAAAUCAUCUACGACUUCUACUCUGAUCUCUUCGACAGCCAUGUCCACUUGCUUCCUCAUCAUCUGAGCAGAGAUGGACAUCAGAGGUUCUCCCGUCCGAAGUACGACAUGCUAUCAUGUCGGAUCUUCCGCCAGUUCUCAUCAACAGCGUGCGAGACUCUUCACACGUUACCUGUCGGAAUCAAGCUCCCUAAGUUAAUAGAGUUCUCUAAGGCGUUUUGCGCCGCCGUUCACCGCGAGGAGGCCAUGCGUAUUCUGAAAAUUCGACUGCUUCAAAAGUUAUCGCGAUAUACUGGUAUAUCCAAGCUUAUGGUUCCAUGCAAUAGCGAUGAACUUGCUGAACUUACGAUUGCUCAACUUUGUCUUGGAAGAGGCGGCAACAUCUCAAAAAUGACAGAUGUGGUGGAAAAGACUCUGGGAGGAACAGUGUUUAUAAGACCAUUGAGAGAUAUCAGCUCCGCGGAAAUCGAAGUCGCUCUUCGUCUGGAAAACAUGGAACAUUGCGUUUUUCUCUCAGAGAAAGAGAAGCGUCAACAGAGAGGUCUUUACAGUGGAUGUCUUCGGACUUUCUGGCUCGUUUGGGAAAAGAAGGUUUCACGGGAACCGUUCCUACUAUCCUUGGGAUAUCGAGAAAGAUACAUGCGUUAA